AUAGAUCAGAGGCAGACAGACAAACACAGACACAAGCAGCACUAUGGGAUGUUCGGGUUCCUUCACACGCAUUGCAUUUCUUCUGAUUGCACUGCACCAGACCUCUGGAUUCUGGUUAUUUAACGUUAUCUUCCCUCCGACAGCCAAACCUCGCGUCAUUAAUAAUAGCACUCCUCCUCUUAUCAUAGUACCUGGAAAUUUGGGUAAUCGCCUGGAGGCCAAAAUAGACAAGCCCACACUGGUGCACUGGAUGUGUUACAAGAAAUCCGAAGACUGGUUUACCCUCUGGAUUGAUCUAAACAUGUUCAUGCCCAUUGGAGUUGACUGCUGGAUUGAUAAUAUAAGAAUUGUGUACAACAGGACAAGUCGCAAGACAUCGAAUGCACCCGGGGUGGAGGUCAGGGUCCCUGGAUUUGGACAGACGCACCCUAUAGAGUUUCUUGACUUAAAUAAGCUGACAGGUUACCUUCAUACCAUGGUUCAACAUCUGGUCAGCAUUGGAUAUGUGCGAAAUGAGACUGUCCGUGGUGCUCCGUAUGACUGGAGAAUCGCUCCAAAUGAGCAGGAGGAGUAUUUUUCACGUCUGAAAAACUUGGUGGAAGAGAUGUAUGAUGAGUACAAGCAACCAGUCUACCUUCUGGGCCAUAGCAUGGGCAACAACUACAUCCUGUACUUCCUCAACCAGCAGACUCAGGACUGGAAAGACCAUUACAUUAAGGGCUUCAUCUCUCUGGGAGCACCUUGGGGUGGCGCUGUGAAGCCGCUCAGAGUCUUAGCAUCAGGUGAAAAUGAUGGCAUACCCUUCGUGUCCAAUAUAAAAAUCCGCGAAGAGCAACGGAUGACGACCACAAACCCGUGGAUGAUCCCUGCUGAAGAGGCGUGGUCCAAAGACCACACCUUCAUCUCCACCCCCUUUUUCAACUACACCAACCAGGACUACCAGCAGUUCUUCAAAGACAUUGACUUUGAGGACGGCUGGUACAUGUGGGAGGACACCAGAAACCUCACAGCCGGCCUGCCUACACCUGGAGUCGAGGUCUACUGCUUCUACGGGGUGGGACUCCCUACACCCGUGACCUACGUGUAUGACGAGCAGUUUCCGAAUGCCGACCCCGUAGAUAUUAUUUAUGAUGAUGGCGAUGACACAGUGGACAGCCGCAGCAUGAGUCUCUGUAAGCGGUGGAUAGGGAAGCAGGACCAAGCUGUGCAUGUGACAGAGUUCAGAGGCAUGGCUCAUUUGGACAUGGUCUUUAAUCACAAGGUGCUGACAGCAGUCCAGAGAAUUCUGGAGGGAAAGUACCAUGACGAGAAGCACGUCAGCAUUGAACAGCCUCCAUCUCUUAGCCUUAGUUUUGUGUGACAUAUUCCCAACUGUACACUGGUAUCAUGUACAAAAGUAUUGCUGUGUUCACGCCAUGUUGUAAUUACCGUAAUUACAUGAUGACAACCCGUGAUGUUCUCCUUGGAGAUGUUCAUGUCCUCGAACACAGAAUAAUGCAUUUCUAUGGCAACACCAAAAUGAAUCUGUAGCGGACAUGUGACGUGGUACAAGUCAGAGCUCUCCGAAAAUUUUGAGUUUACAAGUUCUAUGAGGACGUAAGUGCUUUUUAGAAGUCGGAAUCUCGUAAUUACAGUAAUUCCGACAUGGCGUGAACACACCUUAUGUCUUAAACAUCUCUUUGUAUUGGUUUAUAUUAACUCUUUCCCUGUCAUUGACAGAAUUUUCCAUCAUUUAUAAAACAACGCUUCCCUGCCAUUGAUGGAAUUUUCCAUAAUUUAUAAAACAACGCUUCCCAGCCAUUGACGGAAUGUUCCAUCAUUUAUAAAACAACGCUUCCCCGUCAUUGACGGAAUUUUCCAUCAUUUAUAAAACAGCGCUUCCCCAUCA